GCGGGAGGUGGAGCUAUCAGGGCGCGGGGAAGCCGAGCGGAGUGUGGCGCUUGCGGGCGUGGGCGGCGAGCCUGGCGCGGAGGAAGCGGGAGCUGGGCCCGGCUGCCUGGAGCAGGGCUACAGGGCGCCGAGCUGUUGCUGGGAGCAUCAGGGGACCUGGGCCAGGCUGGGGGAGAGGCAGGGCACGGGCCUGCUCGUCGGGGCUAUUUUGCUCUCAUACAUCAGAGGGAAGCUGCCCCUGUGGUUCUGGUACCCCGGGAUUAAUUUCACUUCCCUAGUGUGACUUCUGCAAACUCAGUCCUAGCCCGCUGCCCCUGGGCCGCCUGUACGCAGGAGCCCAGGGAAUAAUGGGGUGGAGGAAAGCUGCUAAAUCAUCUCCAGCUGGAGUCCCCAGCUUGCUCUCGCUUCAGUAUGACCCUGUCUUCUGGACUGGCGGAACCGCCUUUUUGUGGCUGGGCGGUGUACAGCGCCAAGGAUCAACAUCAAAGCAAGCAGCUGUGGACGUGCUUAACUCCGAGCACGUGUUUGAGAAUAGGAAAUUCUUAGGGAAUAGGAAAUGGGAUUGAGGCAUUUGCUUCAAAAUGAAGCAUGUAGUGAAAUGCCCUGUGAAAUGGAGCUCAAGCUUAGUGUCAGCACCAAAUAAAUGAAGUGAAGUGACUUGAUACAAGGUCACAGACCAAAUAAGUGACGGUCAGCAUUUGAAUUCAGGGGGUCCUCCCUUUAACCACUGGACCAUGCCAUCUGUCUCGAGGUGGCGAGUUUUAUAGGCGCUAUUAUUCAAGACAGACAUGAGUCACUAAACUGUUUCUGAGUGGCAUACGCAUGCAAUUGCAUGAAGCGCUGGUUAUUUUCCAAUUACGUAAAAUUGGGUUUGAAAAAGUAGGUGGAUGCAACAAAAACCAAAGAACUGCGCUAGAAGAAGCUAUUAAAAGACGGGCUGUCACGGUGCCUGAUCUUUUUGCUUCACUGUGUACCGUGCAGCGGAUGCGAAGUUUUAUGAGCUGCAUAUGCACUUUUCUUCAGUAUCUGUGCAGUAUUCACAGAGACAGCCCCCAUGGGGUUGGAGAAGGGAGGGGAGAGGAUCAGAUCCGGUCACCCCAUGGGGUUGGAGGCGGGAACGGAGGGGCUCAGACCCGGGGACCCCCUGGGAUUGGAGGCGGGCUCAGGCCCCCGCGGGUGAGUUGUGGCAGUGUCCCGUGCAGCUCGCGCCCCACCCCGGGGUUGGCAGUUGGCGAGGCCCGGCCGCCCCCGCGAGUCUCGAGGCCGCGGCGGCUCAGGUUGCUGCCGUGUCACGGAUUCUCCUGGGCAAGAUUCAGGAAGAUCAUACUCAAGAUGUUUCCUAUCCUGAACUGGUUGUGUGCAUAUCGAGUCAGAGAGUGGUUCCUGAGUGACAUACAUGCAGGCCUAAGUGUGGGGAUGGUCCAGAUUCCGCAAGGACUGUCAGGAGUUUUGUUAACGAGGUUACCACUACCAAUUGUCAAUGGCUUCUAUUCUGCAUUCUGCUGCUCAUUAACAUAUGUCAUAUUUGGGACUUCGCGCCAUAUCUCCAUUGGUUCAUUCAGCAUUCUGAAUGCAAUGGUGGCAGAUGUUCUGAAGACUCUGAAUUUCAGCCCUGUAUUGACUGCGAAUGGAACCUUUGCCAAUUUCUCAGAUGCAAAUUAUAUGAAGAGUUACAUGGAAGCCUUGACACUUACUGCAUCAACAACAUUUCUGACUGGGAUCAUCCAGUUGCUUUUAGGCUGCUUCUGCUUGGGGUUUGUCACAACCUAUCUGCCAAAGACCCUCAUUGACGCUUACCUCACUGCAGCGGCGCUGCAUGUCAUCGUAUCCCAGUUCUCCUUCAUCUUCGGGAUUGUGAUCAAGUUCCAUAUGGGCCCCCUGGCCAUUUUCUACAACCUGUUUCAUUAUUGCAUGGCUCUCCCAAAGGCUAAUGCCACCAGUAUAUUGCUAUUUUUGGUUGGCCUGGUCAUGCUGAGGAUCAGCAAUUGUAUCAAGAUAACUUAUAAGCACAGUCCUGUUGCAUUCCCUAUGGAACUUCUCCUGAUUAUUACAAUCACCAUUAUUGCUAACCAUGUGCAUCUGCAUGCUGAGUCCAGUAUGCUUGUGGCCAAAAUGGUUCCACACAGGUUUCUGCCUCCUACACUGCCAGACUUAUCAAAUUUGAGUAGGAUUGUAGCCCAUGCCUUCUCCCUGGCUAUUGUAAGCUACUUCCUUCUCAUUUUUGUGGGAAAGAGGUACUCUUGUAUUCACAACUACAGCAUCUCCAGCAACCAGGAGCUCAUGACUGUGGGGUUAUGCAAUAUCUUCAGUUCAUUUUUCAAAAGCUUUGCUGUCAGCUGUGCUAUUUCUGGGACUGUCAUUCAGGAGAAGACAGGCGGAAAAACACAGUUUGCAGCACUAAUUGGAGCAUCCAUAAUGCUAGUGGUAGUGAUGAAACUAGGACACUUUUUCCAGUCUCUGCCUAAUGCAGUACUAGCUGCAAUUGUAAUGGUCAACAUGUUCCCAUUUCUUGAAAAAUUUAUGGACGUCCCUACCCUGUGGAGACAGGAUAAGUAUCAUUUUGUUAUUUGGAUUGUGACUUUUGCAGCCGUUCUGUGUCUUGGUCUUGAUAUCGGCUUGAUCAUCGCAAUGGGAUUCACCUUCUUCAUCAUCACUGUUAGGUCACACAGAAUGAAGAUUGUGAUGCUGGGCCAGAUUCCAAACACGGAUCUAUACAGAAGUUUAUCUGACUACAAAGCAGCAGCAGAGAUUGAAGGUGUGAAAAUCUUCCAGUGUUGUUCCUCCAUCUCCUUUGCAAAUAUGAGACACUUCAAAGGCUACUUGUUACAGAAGAUGGAUGUGAAAGCAGUGCCCCUCGAUGAAAAUGAAAUGAGAGCUUUAAUCUCAGUUAGUCUGUCUAGCACUGGAUUGGAGAGAAAGGAUUUGAAGUGUGCCUGUGUUUGCGAUCCACCUGAGCUAUUACCCAGGAUACCCUACACUGAGAAACUGGUGAAGCGACUUCAUAGGGAUAACGAGUCUUCAUCGUCUUCCCUGAAUUUGAUACGUUGGUCAAAGUUUGAAAGGAAGCACAGUUCUGGGACUCUCACAACAGGAAUGUCGCAAACACAGCAUGCUCAGUCCACAGCCAUCAGGCUCAGGGCAGCAAGACCUGAGACUGGAAAGAAGAAGGAUGAAGGAAAGAGGAUAUGGAAUUCUUCAGACCUUGGAGUAGAUACUUCCACAACACUAUUGUGCCAGGAACCAGUACAGUUGCAGUCCACAGAGUUUUCAGCAUAUCCAGUCCACACUAUUAUUUUAGACUUCAGCAUGGUGCAGUUUGUGGAUUUGCAAGCUUCAGAUUUACUGAGGCAGAUGUUCCACAUGUUUCAGAAUAUUGGCAUUUCAGUCCUGAUCGCCAGCUGCCACCUCUCUGUAAUAGCAAUCUUUGAGAAGAAUGAUUUCUUUGAUGACUGUGUCACCAAAGCACGGUUCUUUCUAACGCUGCAUGAUGCUGUGCUGGCCGCUUUGGAACAGAAUCAAAGGCCAGAGACUGUGGCACUCAGCAUUGGACAGCCUGACCAGGAGUUAGAUGAAGGGCUCACAGAAGAACAGAAGGAGAGAAGUCUGCACUCCGGUAACAACAAAGAUACUUCCUCUUUAAAGACUACCAGGAGCGAACUCUUGAAUGAAGAGCCGAUAUCCGAUCUCUUCCGUACAUAUUCACUCCAGAGUGAAACAGAGAUGAACGUAUUCCAACAGUAUGAUGCUCCACCCCCUGAGCCAGGUGACAGAGAUGAGGAGUGGGAGCAGAAGUGGAAAUAUGCCAGAGAUCCCUGAGAUGCACAAGAACUGACAGGGAAUCCUAGUCCAGUAUAUGGGGAGAGGUGCUGAUAUAGCACAGUUCAAGUAGUUCUUGCCUGCAUUUUGGUGGGGUUUUUUGCCUUUGUCUCUUUCAAAGUUAUUGAAGUAGCCAACUAGUCAGUCCAUCCAAUGGUUCUGCUGGUUUAAGGAAACUAGCACAGUUUAUAAAGUUACCUUUCAGGAUUUUCAAACAGAGGGACUAUUUAGCAGCUAUUUUAACCUUUGUAGUGAAUUAACUAUAAAACUUGGAACCAUUAAAUUAAUUUUUACAUGUU